UUAUCUACGCUAGCACCGUACAUAUGUAAACAUGGCAGCCCCCGUAACACACGUGAUUUUUGACGUGGACGGACUGAUAUUAGACACAGAACGCCUGUACACCGUCAUCACAGACAAGAUCGUGGAGGAGUACGGCAAAACAUUCACAUGGGAAGUCAAGUCCAAACAGAUGGGGAAGAAGGACGUGGAGGCAGCCAACAUCCUCAUUGAUGAACUGCAGCUACCAAUAACACCAGAGGAAUAUCUGGUAAAGGCCAGGGCCCAGCAAAGUAUUCUGUUUCCUACUGUAGGUCUCCUCCCAG